UGGUCUAGAGAAGAUACCGGUGAAUUUUCUCUAGGACUUAUCUCAGCCCAGAAGCAUAUGUUGGGCAUCUCUCGGGGUUGACAAUGCUGCUGAAGCUGAAACUAUCGUGUUUAAUCGCUCUUCCAUGCUUCCUGGGAUAAGCGGAGUCUCGAGGGAGAUUUGGAUUGGAGGAUCGCAGGGGGCGGGGGCAUUCACUGACCAUAUCGCUGUCAUCGGCAAACGACCCUACCCCCGGGCUUGUAGAGCAUCCUAGCCCAGUAGCAUAGUCUGGCGAGCGCUUUACGUUAAGCGUGUUGGCCCUAACGCUAUUGUACGCUGGCUCUCGUCGCAGAGGCCCAUUAAUCUGCACAGAAGGGAGAGGCGUUUCGCUGUUACGCUAGCCCAUUGGACGAGCAGUCGAGUGUGUGUACGCUUGUGUUAUAUUAUAAACUGGCGACGCACGGCGUUUGUGUAUAUCCCUUGCUCACAUCACAAAGCAAAGGGCACUGCGGCAAGCGCUUUUUAAUAAGUCAACAAAUAGCCCAUUGAUACAGCCAAGCGUUGCCAGAGUUUGUAGAACUGGUGGAAUCGCAGGAAUUAGGUUUGGUACCAGAAGUCCGGAUUUAGAAGUGGUGAUUUCCGUGGAUUGUACCGUCUUCAUCAGGCCUGAGACAGUUUACCCAGCAGACGACAGGUGAUUUAGCAGACGAUGGUGACUAGUGGACAAUGCGGAGGGUGAUAGCAGUUUUAGGCAGACCGGUGGAUCGUACCCUUCUUACAGUCCUGACUGUCGUCUGCUCACUUGUGGUAUGUGGGGUGAAGGGAGAUUGUCCCCAGGAUGUCAAGUCACAGGCUUAUAGCUGCUUCACGGCCUAUAGCAGCCAGUAUCAGAAUAUGCAGAACUCGCAGCGGAAGAUGUGCUGCGGUGUAGACGUGGAAACACUGCGCGCCUUCUGCAGCUCCUUCGUGCAAGCUAUGCAUUGCCUGGACGGCCUGAAGAGCAGGUGUCCUGCAGACAAACACAAGCUGAUUGACCAGACCAAGCAGAACUUGAAGGGGGCGGAACAAGGCUUACGGGACCUUUGCUCAGAUGAUAAUAUAUAUGAAAAGUAUGCCCGCCACCAAAACUGUUUCGCCUUGCAAGGGUACGUGUCGGAAGACUGCCUCACCAAGUAUAUGAACAACAGCAUCCGGCUUAUGUCAAAGGUCAACCGGAAGACGAUAGAGGAACUAUGCCGAGACAUGAGGAACGCCAUGAACUGCAUCAAGCCCAACAUCCAGGCGAUGUGUGGAGUGGAGGCCUCCAAGCUGGUCGAGAUCCUCAUCAAGCCCAUGGUCCGAGACAGUGCCCAGUGUAACUAUAACAUCAUACAUAUAGAGUCAACGGAGAAGCCCCAGCAACAUCAACCCGGCUACACCUCGAGCUCAAUGGAUGAUAAAAAUAAGUACAAAAGUAAAUACAUUACAGACAAUGGAAAUGGUGCCUCGUCACUUGUGACGUCACAUCCGGCAGCACUAACGGUUUUACUAAGUGUGAUAAUACUGCAGGCUGGACGCUGAUUGGCUAGCGGGACGGAGGAAACAGACACACCGUAUAUCAGCUAUCUAUACGGAUGUAACAUAUUUUAUUUUAUCUACUUGAUUGAAAAACCAAUAAUGUACAAAUAUCAGUGUUGGAAAACAUUUGACCGCCAACUUUACAAAUGUCCAUCGUGCAUGUGUUUGAUGAUAAUGUGAAACACCUUCUCUCUUAUAAAUAAUCAACUGCGCAUGUCCGUUCUGAUCAACAUCCUCUAGUACUUUGUACAUUAGCACAGAUGGCUGCAAAGCUCUUGAAUAUACGUUGUCAAAAUUGCAAAUUUCGUUCUUUGCAAAGAUUGUUUUUUAACAAUGUAAUCCAACCUUUUUAUAAUGUUUGGAUGUAGUGUGAUGGACAUAUGGGCAAUUAUGCACAUGAUAUCGGGUUUUCCUGUUAGAAAAUCUAAUUAAAACCAAGUUCAUAAGAUAAUCAUUUGACGGUGCCUUGUUCUUCUCAGAUCCAUGACUCCCAAAAUCUAAUGGAUUUUCGAAAAUAAUUAACAUGAAUCAUUUAAUUGUUUAUUUUGUCUAAUAUUGCAAACCAAUUCAACUUAAUAAUCAAUUUUUCAAUUAAAGCUUUAAAAGAAAUAUUAGGUGUAUUUGAACAGGAUUAUCAUUCAUAGGAAGAGAAUGUGUAUCUCUUCGAACUAGUGUAGCAUGUUUCUGCCACCCCUGCAUUUCGGUUGUGUAGCCAUGUAGGAAGUGCGUUUACUCUUUACGCAUAAAUACUCCGUUCGAAUCCUCACUUGGGUUCCAAGUAGUCAAUCCUACAAGCCCACUGAUUGUGUAAUCAAGUUUUUCAUGCAUAAUAAAACUGACAUAUAACUUCGCCAGUAUAAUUAUAAACCCGAUAUUGUCUGCAGCUAAGGCAUAAUGCUAUUAUAGAUUCAAAUGAAAUCUCUCCACAUUGUACUGUCUUAUCAUCCUCGGUGUUCCAGGGAAUUGUAUCAUGAUUCUAUGAGCUUCGUUUUGAGCCAGAUUCUAACUAAACGAUGCUAAAGAUGACCGUCCAAUCAAGUUACUGUUAUAAGCAGUCGAGAUGGAGAUGCUGGCGAAGCUGUGGUGACAGAUGGGUCCAGGGUAUACAUACUGCUAUUAUACCCUUGAACACCGAGGAUGAUGUCUUAUAUACAUACGGUGGCUUGUAUUGCCAGAUUUAUGCUUAUACUCUAUUUAUAUGGACAAGAGUACAGCUUCGUUCAACAGUUUUAUUAUUACCUAUGCUUUAUUGAAGGAGUCCAUGGACGAGAUGGUUGUAGGUUUUUGUAAGUUAGACGUCUCUGCCAUUGAAAUUUUGGUUAAGGAAAACUAUUAUUGUCACAGAUUACCCAAGCAAGUUUCGUGAAGUUUUGUCCCAAGAAGGGAACGUGCGACAUAUUUUAGUAGUUUUUGAUCUGUAUAUUACCCUUUUUGAUGACGUCAUCAAUAUUUGCUGUCAAUCUCGUUUUCAAAAUGGCGGGUGUUGAACAUUUUCAUGUCAAUAUAUGAUUGCUUUCUUGACAUUGGUGACUGUAUGGUGUAUAGUAUUUAACAUACAUUAUUUGUAAAUACAUUAUUGAAUAAAUUUGAUGAUGUUUUACCAGAA